AUGCGUCUUUCUCCCUCCACCCAUGUGAGGGAUACAGUGAUUGGUCCCCUGAGAUCGAGGCGGGGUUGCAAAACCUGCAAGGCUCGGAGAGUCAAGUGUGGUCAGGAAAAGCCAAGUUGUCUUCGUUGCAGCAAGACAGGCCGUAACUGCGAAUAUGAAGGCCCCAAUCUAGGCACGUUUUCCUCCACACCUGCGACCAUUUCAGUCCUCGACAAGCCACUGUCUUCGGCACCGGAUACAGUCUGGAAGGAGCGUCGCGCAUUCGCCUACUACUUCCAACAUAUUGCCCUGUUCAUCGGCGGGGGUCUAGAAGUUGACUUCUGGAGCACCAUCGUUCCCCAGAUUUGCCGCAGCGAACCCGCUGUGUGGGAUGCCAUCAUCUCCCUGAGCACCCUGUUUGAGAGCCCAGAGCCAUGUCCAGAUAUAGCCUUUCAACGUCAGAAAGACGUCGUUCUCCUUAAUCAGUACCACCGAGACGCCAUCAGCUGGUAUUCCCGCUCAAUGGCCCAAGUCCGUCAGCGACUGGACCGCGGCGACGGGGAUGUCCUGGUCGGACUGGUCAGCUGUAUACUUUUCAUGUGCAUUGAAGGUUUUCAGGGCGGUGCAGCACAAGCCACCCUGCUUUACGGUCAAGGCGUACAGCUUAUCGUCACAUUGCGUGCUCAGAUCGCUUCUGGGGUCAUAUCGUCAUCCAAAACUGCAUGGUUGGAGGACAUCAUCGUUCCGAUCUUCAUUCGUCUUGGGGCAACGGCGCUCAACUUUUCCGCUGUUCCGGUCGGCGCUUUGCUGCCCGACGCUGACCAUACCUUGACACAGAGGUUUGCCUCUCUCAAAUCUGCUCGCGAAGCCCUCGUUCUCUUGCUUGCAGAGGCUCAGCUCUUCCAGCGUGUCUGCCUGCCAUAUUUCUUGGAACCUGAAGGAUUCAACCCAUCUCGCGAGUUGCUCGAUCAACGCCUCGCUCUAUUCGGUAGACUAAAGGUGUGGUACGCUGCGUUCACGGAUUUGAUGGAAAUCUUGCAUAUGAAAGGGUCUUUAUCACCGCAGCAAAUCAGCACUGGCGCCCUCCUUCUCGCUUAUCACGAGAUGCUAUACGUAAUGAUCGGGACUUUCACAUGUCAGCUGGAGACCGCAAACGACGCAUACCUUCCGCAAUUUCAAAACAUAGUGGACCAGUCUCAAGUCGCGCUGGGUGCUUCGGCUCGAUCAGACGGAUCCCAACCUCCACUUUCGCUUGAACUUGGCAUCUCGAUUCCCCUGUGGUUCACUAGUCUAAAAUGCAGAGAACCCAAACUUCGACAAACAGCAUUAAGCCUAGCUGGUCAAGCACCUGCAGUGCAGGCAUUCUACAAGGUUAUCACUGGGGCAAGGUGGUCGCAAACAAUCAUAACAAUAGAAGAAGUGUGCGCAGUGGUUAUGAAGUCAUCUGAAGGACUGCCGGAGUCGACGAGUCAAUUGCAACACCCAUACUGUCAGGACUUUGGCAGCAGCAUAAUCGGUUCGGAUCUCGGAAGUCAACCCAGCACACCAGGACUGGAAUUUGUCGCCAGCCCAUACUCGGUGGAUUCGGAUGUGGAUACCGGGACAGCAGUCACAGAACUCGUCCCAGAAGAGGCACGCAUUAGACCCAUAAACCUCUUCCGUGUCCAAGACGGCUUCCCUCCAGGAACAACGGAGGAAGAAAUCGCAAGAUGGAGCCCGUAUCGUGAUCAAAGCUUCAUGCAUUAUCUACGGAAUGAGCGUGAUCCAGUCACUGGUGCUUGGAAGAUUGCGCAUGGGUUCACUCCAAUUGAUUACUGA